AUCCGUAUUGUGUAUUCUUUUGGCAUAUUUUAAACUAUAGUUGCACACACACUAUGCUAAUGGAUUAGGUGAAGAGACAAAUAAUGUCUUGCGAAAAGAUAAAAUCUGAUUAGUCGUUGAUUUGUUAAUCCUAGCAUAGUUUGCUUAAUUGUGAGAUCUCUAUGCAUUAAUCGUAGUAAGAUCAGCUAACCAAAUGGAUGACCUAAAAGCAUUGCUUGAUGCAGAGCAGGAGAAAGUGACCAAGUUGAAAGCUCUUGUGGUAAAAGAGAGAAAAGUUAACACAAAAAUCAAAUCAGAAUUGGAAUAUCUGAAGUCACUGCAUACCAGGACUCAUCAAGAAAGUAGUGGAACCGUUGAAAAAUUUGAUAAAUCGUGUUGUACUUCUGAAUUUUCAAAUGAAUCCAUUUGCAUGAAUGAGGCACUAUCAUCAGAGCUUGUAAGUACAUCGGUAGAAAACGCUGUAUUUAAUGAACAUAAAAGGAAUUUCCGUGUGUCAACCAACGGUAUUGAUGAUAAGACGACUGAAUAUGUAACUAAAAUUCCUGUUUGUACAAUUUCAGCCUCUUCUUCUUGUGAGACAUCCUCUAAGGAUUCAUUGCAGAGUCCUGACAAACAUCUACAUGUACCCUGUUUAAGUGAAACAACUAUAGUUCCUGUUAACUGUCUAUGCGCUGAAACACAAGUAGACAACUUAAAUCAUUUUGAUGGUAAGGAUUCGCCACUGUUACAACAGUUCAACACUGCAUUACAGUCAUUAAAGCUCAACAAUAGAAGUAAUCUAUCAAAAGAUGAAUUAAAAUUGGUAUUUACUGAAUGUAACAGAUUAUUAGAAGAGAUCGAUCUCUGUUCAACUGAUAAUUAUCAUAUACCUUUUCAUCAUUCAUCAUCAAAAAGUGAAAUAAUAAAGCUUGAAAAUUUUUGUCGAACUCUACCAACAGAUUUAAAUCAAUAUUCUUACUCAUUAAAACAGUCUUUUACUAAGCAAAAAGAAGAAAAAAAUUCUCGCCAUAACAAACUUUCAAAUGAAUUAAAACAUGUUCAUUCAGAUGAAGUGUGUGAUGAAGAAUUACAUAUUUUAGAGCAAAGAGUAAAUGAGUUAAAACAUAGUGUUGAAUAUGCUGAAUCUUCAUUUAAUCAACUAUCAAAUAAGCUUACUUCAGUUACUCAUAUAAAUGAAGUGUAUAAUGCUAAAUUAUUACAAUUACAAACAAAAUAUAAUGAUAGUUCAUUGGAUAUGACACAAUCAUUUGUUAAGUUGAAAAGUUUAUUAUAUGAUUCUUUUUUAUUACCAUUGAUUAAAUACCAUCAAGAAGUAAGCAACAAUAAACAAUGUAAUUUGAAUGUGGAUUAUUUUGUUUGUGAUAAUUUUCAAGAUGAUACUGUUAGUAAAGUUGCAAAGAGUUUAAGCGAUUUCCUUGCUGAAUUAAAACAAAUUAUUAAACACUAUUACACAUUCAAUAAUAAGUGUAUUACGUCGUCCAAUGCAUGCAUUCUGACUGACUAUAAUGAAAUAAAUAUUGAACAAGAAAAACUGCUCUUGGAUAAACUGAAAAGUACAGAAUCUGAAUUAAUUAAUGCGAAUGAAAAGAUUCUAAUCUCUGAGAAUCUGAUUUCAGAUCUAAAAAGUCAACUAAAAAAUUCUGAUGAAAAACUACAUCGUAUGAAAAAUCUUUUAGUUAAAGUUAAAUUAGAUGCAACUGAACAACAGAAGAAACUUUCAGAAUUUCAAAAAAGUCAAUCUGUAAAUGUUGAAAAUAAUCAAGAAUUGAAUCGUCUGACUGAAAAAUUAUCUAAUACUGAAAAGGAGAAAGAAAAUUUGGUGUGUAAUCUGACACAAUUGCGUAGUGAAUUAACUCAACAACAUGUCUUAUGCGAAAAUCUCCAAAAUGAUAAAUGUUUAGCACUGGAUCGACUUCAAAAGUUACAAAACGAAUAUAAUGCAUACAAAGUUAAGGCUCAACUUGCUCUAUGUAACGUACGCACUCUAACCAAUCAGGUGAACACAACGGAUACUAAUAAUAGUCCUAAUUGUGAAGGGGUGAAUACUAACCAAUCUGAUUUCGAAAGCAGAUCAUUUUAUUAUUCAAAUGAAUUAGAAUCUAUGAAACACAAUCUUUUUGACGUACAAAAUCGUAUGAAAGAGGCUGAAUUGCAUGCGUCCUUAGCACAAUCAGAAUGUGAUUUGUUAAAGAAAGAAUUGAUUGAAGUGAAAACAAGGUAAAUACAUUUUUAUUAUUUCCAAAUACGUACUAAACAAAUAUACACCAAUUAAUCGAUGGUAUUCGAUCUGCAUCAAGAACUAAGUAAACAUCACAUUCGUUUAAACUCAGUAAUCAGUCGGUGUAAAUAUCACGAUUCUAUAUUAGGCCAAUUGCGACCCAAAUAUCAUUAGUAACGUCUGUCACAGUGAAACUAAGUAAUACGGGUUCAAAUCGUACAAUGAGUAUCAAUUCACUAAAGGUUGUAGACACGUCUUGCUGAUGACUGCCAACUAAAAACUAAGGUAUAGGGAUUCUUGCCGAUUACCUCGAAUCACUUAACACCCAGGUAUCAGUAGUCAGUCAGCCAUUAUUAACGUAUAACCUAGUGCAAAUGUAUAUUGACCUAAUUAAGUUCGUCCAAUGAGACCAAAUUAAAAAGAUCAAUAACAAAGGAGUUGAAAUAGUUAUAUUAUAAAAGAUAGUGAGAAGAAUUAAAUAUUCAAAAUAUGAUCCGAAAAGAAGGUAUGUAUGGAACUCAAGAUCUAUGGAAAAAUGAAAAGGGGAUUCAUCUGUCUCAUAUCUGACGAUAGCACUUAUGAUAUCAAGUCAAUUAAACCAGUAAUCAUAUUGCAUUUGAUUGAAUGAGUUCAAUCAGCACCAAGGAUUAAAAACACGACACUGGUCAUUACUCAGUGAUCGAUCAGUAUAAAUGACAUAACUCUAUCUCUUGACCUUUUAUUGUUUUAUUUUCCAGCACUAUUUGAUUUUAAAUAUUUGUAAAUUACUAGGUUUUCUUGUUGAUAUCACAAACCAACCUAAGUUCUAAAUCCAUCGAAAAUCACGAAGCACUGGACAGCUGUUUUUCUCUACUUUUAUAACAUUGAUCGAUUCAUGAUCUCAGUAGAAAGCUAACAAUCUCUACAACCUAAUACUGAUUUUAUAAUUUAUUUUAUAUCAAGGAAGAUAAUCACUCAUCCAAAAUCAGAUAUUUCCAGAAGUUCAUUUGAGAAUUUCUGAAAGUAAGUACUUCUAUAGAGCUUUAAGUAUAUAUCAAGGUACAGAGGAAAUUCAGUGAAUACAUUUAUCAGUAGUCCGUUUGUCAGGUUUAUCACCAAGAUAGAUUGAGAAAUGACGAAGUACGAAUUAGAAACUGAGUAAACAAAAUAAAGUUUACUUAUUCAUAAAUUUAUGGCUCAAAACCGUACUACGGUCGAGUUACUUAUGAACAAUGUAUGAACUAUGUAUUUUUUUUCACAGACACACUGAACUGUUAUGCCAAUCUCAAAAACAAAAGCAAUCCUUAGAGGACCAACUAAUGUCAAUAACUCAACAAUGUGAAAAUCGUCUUUCUGCUGAAUUUAAAGAACUAGAACAAAAGUAUACUAGUCAACUACGUCAUUAUGAAGAACGACUUAUGCUGCAAACUCAAAAAUAUGAAAGUGAAUUGCGGUGAGAAAUUUUUUACUAUGUUUAUCUAAUGUAAAUUUGGUAAGCUUCAUUUCAUAUUACAUUAUGAGUUCUCACUUCAAAAAAUCCUUGUUCACUUUGACUUACUUUAGUCUCUUGUACGUUUAGUUGUUCCCCUUAUUCAAUAUUGAAUUUGAAUAAUAGGGUACAAGCUAUAUCCCUACCACUGUGUUCAUCAAUGAUGUAAACGUUUUUACAUCUUCCAUAGCAUCUCCGUCAAGUGUGAUUCGAUUGGUAAACGCUGUGUUGUAUCGGAGAAUCUUGCUUUGUGUGUGUUGAGACCUACUGCUGCUGAGGCUGCUGAGGCUGCUGCUACACUGGUCGUCUUCUCCUAGAUCGUCCAGCUGCAUCCUAGCUAUCCCAUGCUUUUCCCCAGAUGUUGACGUCAUCAUGAUCCCGUCGGUCACCAGGAGAAAGAGAAAUGGUGAGAGUAAGCAACCUUGCCUGACACCGGUUUUUACUUCGAACGAGUAUAUGAGCUGUCCUCCAUGCACGAUUUUGCAGUUUAAUCCAUCAUAAGAAUUCCGUAUAAUGUUAACUAUCUUCUCAGGUACGCCGUAGUGUCGAAGAAGCCUAGCAUAGAUGCAUAAUAUAUGCAAUUGACUUGAAACCAAACAUAC